AUGGGAGAUUCAAGAAACCAACGUUGUGCAUCUCCUGCAAGCGAACGAUUUGGAAAUAAUCGUUUUAGCGUUCCCAACGCGAAGGGACCUCAACAUCCUGAUCCGUAUUACGCAGCAGAAAGAGGCGCGCCACCACCUCCUGGUUAUCCAUCACCUCAUGAUCCAGUUUAUGGAAGUAAUUUUGAAAACAAGCGAGAAGAGUAUAUGCCUAGAGAUUGGAACGAAAGAGAUAUGGAUGAGAGCACACGCAGAGAUCCUCGCAGACAACCGAAUAAUGAAGGUAGAUACCCUCAAACUCGUGGAAGUGAUGACGAUCGACGGCAAAGGCGUUUCUCAAUUCCAUCAGAACCGAAAAAGUUCGAGUGUAAACAUGUGUACCUGAUGAAUACCACAGAUGUUCCAACAUAUGAGAAUGUGGGUCGUUUUGGUUGA